CUCUACGUCAUUCCAUGAUGGCUGAAGAUCCUGGAGGAACAAUUUUCAAUUUCUCUCUCAUUUUUCUCUUUUUCUCUUUACCUCUGCUUGUCACAGAGACAUGGCAGGACUCACAGCCCUGUUAAGCGUCCACAGAUCAUUGAUAUCGUCAUGCCCAAGAAAGGGAACCGAAAACGGCUGAAAUUUAGGGCCGGGGACGUCUGUUCGGAAUCAGUGACAGUUGCUGAUUAUGCCAAUGCUGAUCCAGCCGUUGUGAAAUCAGGGCGGGUGAAAAAGGCUGUUGUGAAUGCAGUUGAAAAAGAAGUGAAAUUACUCUGUGGCCUGGAAGCAUCUCAGGGUGCUGUACAGGAGGUCCUCUCAUCUGCAGUGAGCGUCACAGCAGAUGCUUUGGAGAGCAGUGAUGAGCUAGACCCUGAAGACGGAGAAAAUGAAACUAAAGUGGCCCGCAAGAAGAAAAACAAAAGGAGAAAAGAAAGCAGUGAAAGCAGUGAUGGGGAAGAGUAUCCUGUAGAUAUUUGGUUGGUGCUGUCUUCCUAUAUCCGCCCUGAGGAUGUGUGCAGAUUUGCUCUAAUCUGCAGAAAUGCCUGGACUGUCACCUGCACUGCAGCCUUUUGGACCAGGCUGUAUAGAAGACACUACAGCAUGGAUGUUGAACUGCCGUUUCGUCUCCAGCCUGAUUGUGUUGACAGGAUGCGCUGUCUGCGGGCCCGUGUGAUUCGCUCCCUCUUCCAUUUGUAUGAACCAUUUGCCUUGCGUGUUUCCAAAAUUCCUGCCCUGCCAGAAUCCACGCCCACAACUCUGCUCAACUCCAAGUGUUUACUGUUCUGGGUCAAAAAAGUGUCAGGCACUCGGCCAGAGGCAAUGUGGGAGUUCAACUUCAAGUUUAUACAGCAGCAGGGGCACAGUAAGAAUGGCAGUGCCAAGUCCCUGCGGAUGCCCCGGCAGUAUGAAGAUGUGCACAAUAACCCAGACUCUGACUGCUACCUGCUCCAGGUCACCACUCUCAACUUCAUCUACACCCCUGUGGUCAUGGGAAUGACCCUCAGCCUGUUCACAAUCAACGUUAGCACUGACAUGCGCCACCACCGCGUCCGUCUGGUGUUCCAGGACUCGCCGCUCCAGCGGGGGAGAAAGAGAGGGGAGCAGGGCGGGACCCAGGUGGUGCUGGAUCCCGUACACAGUGUGAGGCUCAUGGACUGGUGGCAUCCACAGUACCCCUUCUCCUGCGCCUAGAGCCCUGCUCUCUUGGUUCCCACUACAGCAGACAGUCAAACCAAGAACUCUGCUGUUCUGAUUCUAGAAACUUCAAUGUCCACAGCUCCGCCCAGCCCCAAGAUACACCUGGAUACCCUGCACUCCAACAGCACUUGUUACCUUCAGCAGUCCUUCCUCCUCUCAAAACACCCACAUGAUAGAGUGCUCAUAUAUGAGUUAACUUCAUGAAAAGAAUUUAAAGUCCAACUUUCCCCCACACAUUCAAUAUUAAUUGCACGUAGAAUCAUAUGAACAGCUCAUUUUCUUGUCAGGUGAUUUUGGAAACUCAUGGAUUAAUAGGGUGGAACAUUUUCACUGUCCUCCCUCAGUUUGUUUUCUACUCACUGGGAAGGUAACUCUAAAAUAACUUGAUUUUUCAUUAUUUUGAAUGUUCUAGAAGCUGUAUCAAGUAUGUUUUAAUAUUCUUUUAAAACCAUGUGUUUUUAUAUAUUUAAUUUGAUGCAGCCUCACUUUGUUGUAUGUUGAGUAUUGAUGCUAUUGCUCUAGACUGAAGGGGCCAAAGAGAUGAUUUACCUCAAACACCAUCAACUCAUCUGCUGGUAUGAGCAUUACACUUUCACUUUGAUUGGAUUCAGUUUUGUUUGGCCAAGGACUUCUUGGUUGACCUCAGUUGUCUUCUUGCUGAGUAUUUGAGCCCUGUGCUUCUCUACUGCCACUUAUGGGAUCUCAGUCUAGAUUUUGAAUAUCUGAAAGGCUUGACAUUGGCAAUGGAUCUCACUAAAGUGGUCAAACUUAUGUGUAUUGAAUGUGAGUAGAGUCAUGUCAAUCACUUGUGCUUGAUUAUUGUGUAUCAUGGAGGGAGCAAUGUGUCACUGACAUCUGUCCGUGUUUGUCCCAUCAGAUGCAGUCAACAUCAUUUAACUUGAAUUGGUUUGUACAUAUUCAUGCGUUGUGAAGGAAAAAGCAGUUUUUCUUUUGAAUGAUCACAGACUUAUAAAAACGUAGUUGAUUGACAGUAGCAGACAGACAGCUAGAAUUUUCAGGCUAGCACUUGGAGAUUGUUUUAGCAUGUGGUCUAGUAUUAGCAGAAGUGACUUCCACCCAUAAACAAACUUGCUGCACUGAAAUAAAUCCUGAAACUGCCCAUUCAA